UUUAAAUAUUAUUUCAAAUCGAUGAGGCCAAAUUUGGGAAAAAAAAGUAUAACCGUGGCCGUAUCAUCGACGGCCACUGGGUACUUGGCAUGGUCGACACAUCGACCAACGAUUGUAGAAUGGUUGUCGUUCAAGACCGGGAAGCGGCAACCUUGAUCCCCCUAAUUAAAGAAAAUGUUGCUGCAGGCAGUGAGAUCCAUACGGACUCAUUUAGGAGUUACAUGGGUCUCGCUGCUGAAGGAUUCAUCCAUAAGAUGGUGAAUCAUAGCGUCGAAUUUGUUGCGCCUGAUGGAACUCAUACGCAACAAAUCGAAGCGAACUGGCGACCGGCAAAGGAUUGGAUGCGCGGAAGAGGCCGCUUCCACGACGAAGACUUUGCCGAUCGCCUGUGUGAGUAUUUGUGAAGGAAAUUCUGCAAAACUUACACAAUUCAUCUUAUGGAUUCCUUGAUCGCAGCAAUCAAGGAGCAGUACGUUUUCGAAUAAGGUAACUUGAACUUAGUCACUUAAACGAACCAGUCAGAUGAUGUGUAGAAACAAUAUGGCGUCAUUCUAACCUCUCAAAUGUCACUAAAUACGUACAUUUUUAAACACUUGUAUUUCUUAAACUAUUGGUUUCCUGGACUUUUAACUUGUAUUUUCUAAAAUUUCAAGUCAAAAACUACAAAAAAAAAAGGACCCCUUAAUUUUUGGUCCCCCAAGACGAAGUUUUACCCAGACACGUCAUGACUUUUCCGGAAAAACCCAAGAAUCUGUACCUGAAUCUGUGCAUAAAAUUCACACCAUUCCGGCUUUGGUCAGUCUUUAGACAACCGUUGCUGGAGUAGUACAGAAAGUGAAAAUCGAUAGUGUCAAGAGUUGUAGUGCAGUUUUUUUUUGUAAUCAUGGCAGAAAUUCAAAAAAAGAAAAGAGUUUUUCUAUCAGUGGAGCAGAAGAUGCAAAUUGCCGAACAAUUACAGAAGGAAAUUACGGUAAAGGCACUUUCUCGAGAAUAUGGAGUAUCGCAGGAUGUGAUUCAUCGGAUUUGUCGAGAGUGUAGACUCUUAUACGUUUUUGGGACCCGAGGGGGCCAUGUAUUACAGCACAAAAAUCGAAGAGGAUCUUCGAUCGAAGAUUUAGAAGAGCGAUUGGAUACAUGGUUCGUUCAACAACGAGCGGUGGGAAACCCCAUAACAGAUUUGCUGUUGCUGGAAAAGGCCCGCGAAAUAUUGGCUGUGCACGGAGGAACCUCAUAUGCCGGAAGCAGGGGCUGGUUGUGGAAAUUCAAACAACGCUAUGAGAUCCACUUAGCCCAUGCUCAUGGUGAAAAAGCAAAUGCUGACAAAGAUGGUGCGCAAAAUUUCAUAAAGACAUUCAAUGAAAAAAUCGAGGAAGAGGAUAUAAAUUUAAAUUUAAUCUUUAAUAUGGACGAAGCAGGCCUUUUAUGGAAAACUAUUCCUUCGGAAAGCCUUAUAACAGAUACAGAAAAUAAAUUGGAAGGCAGAAAAUUAAAAAAGGAUAGGGUGUCCAUUGGCUUGUGUAGUAAUGCAACUGGUACACAUAAAUUGGCUCCAAUUUUUAUUCAUAAAUUUCAAAAUCCACGAGCUUUGAAAAAUUGCGGAAAUGUAAUGAUAACGACGCAACCUUAAUCAUGGGGGAGGCACAUAAAACGAUUUUAGAAAAAGAACCGCUACGUACAAAAGAAAACCAACCGUGAAAAGACUAAUAUAAGGUAAGAAAAGAUUUUGUCAAAUAAUAGUAGAAAAAAACAGAAACUAAAUCUACUCAAAAAGUUAAUUAUAAUUUCUUUACAGGACGUCAGCUUUUUCACUGGCGUAUCGACAAGGAGUUUUGUAUAUUUUAUAUAUUUUGUAUAUUUUCUAUAUUGUUGUUACUCACAGUUAAUACAUAUCCCACUAUGUCA